AUGGCUCUCUACUACAUCCUGGCUUUCUUCUCCCUCCUGGUUGUGGUAGUUGAAUGUUGGCAUGACUUGGACAACACUGAAUACGACUGCUGGCCGAUAGUCGAUCCAAACGAUUACAACAUGAUCAGCUGCGGUGGGUUAGAGAUGGCGUGGGUGCAGCGUCCUCCCGAGAAAGUCACCAGCGGCGAAGAGUUUAAUGUUACCUAUUCUGUCACAGCAUUAGAUUCCUUUUAUGAGUAUGCAGUCGAAAACAGGAUCCUACACUUCAGUAACGCUUCAGAAGCUAAAAGAUUCUGCUACGAACACGAAUGUCCAUCUAACUGGAACAACGCCAAUGAGCACAACUGCUGCGUGUAUCACGCCAACAUCCACUCUUGUCCACUUGGGCUGAUGGUCAGUCGAGGGAUUUGUGGUCCUUGGAUCCCAGAUGAUGGCGAGAUAGUCACUCAUACUGUGUCUAAAGCGGGCAAGAUGAGUCAGCUUCUCUGGACCUCAAAGGUGGUGCUUGUGCAUGUAGGAGUCACCUCGAUCAUUGCCCAUAUUAAAGUAGGACAGAUGCAUGCUGCACUCGAAGCCAAGGUGCUUGUCAUUAGUGCUCAAGUGUGUGGAGAUGACACCUGUGAGUUAGAAGAGAGCUGUCUGACAUGCCCUGCAGACUGUGGUGUCUGUCCCAUGGCCAUGUCCAUCAAGGUCGCCAUUGGACUCCCAGUUGUCCUUAUCUGUACCGGUUUCAUCAUAACUGUAAUGUGGCUGCAAUAUCAAAAGCAGAAGAUGUUUUGGGAUGAGAGUUGGAUAAUCAGCUACAAUAAGAUCAUAUUUGGCAAAGCAUGCUACAUGGGCUUCUGUAGCACAACAAGUCUACAGCCGGUGAAGAGCAACUCCAGCAUCAGCCGGGCCACGGACGUCACAGUGUGCACGGUGGUGAACACCAGCUUUCAGCCAGGUUUCAUUCAGCCAGGCAUCUAUGACGGAAGGACAGUGGCGGUGAAACACAUCCAGAAAAAGCACUUCACUCUGUCCAAAACGAUCCGGAAAGAAGUGAAGGAAGUGAGGGAACUCGAUCAUCCAAAUCUGGCUAAGUUUAUCGGAGGUUCCAUCGAAGUCCCGUACGUUUGCAUCAUUACAGAAUAUUGUCCUAAAGGAAGCCUGGCUGAUGUUCUUUUGAAUGAAGAUAUCCCUAUCAACUGGGGCUUUCGCUUAUCGUUUGCCACUGAUAUCGCCCGUGGGAUGGCUUAUCUCCACCAACACAAAAUGUUCCACGGACGGCUUCAUUCCCGCAACUGUGUUGUUGAUGAUCGUUGGGUGUGCAAAAUAUCAGACUACGGUUUGAAGGCCUAUAGGAAAGAGGACUCAGAAGUACUGAGCAGCACUUUCCACUGUGUGAACCUCUGUCGCAUUUACUCUGCGCCUGAAGUUUUGUUGGGUAACACAAGCACCAACACUGCUGCAGCUGAUGUCUAUUCUAUUAUCUUGGUAGAGAUCGCCACACGCAGUGACCUUAUCUCGCAGGAAAAAAGUGAACCUGUGAGGCUUGAUAAAAGAUGGCGUCCACCUCUUCCUGAACUGACAGCUGGGAAAUCAGACAGUGAUUGUCCUAAUCAAGUGGAGUACUGUGAGCUGAUUAAGAAGUGCUGGUCCCACAGUGUCUCCACCAGGCCAACAUUUGAGCAAGUGAAAAAGAUGUUGGAUAAAAUGAACCCGCACAAAGUCAGUCCUGUUGAUAUGAUGAUGAACCUGAUGGAAAAAUACAGUAAGCAUUUGGAGGCCAUAGUUGCCGAGAGAACUCAAGACCUUCUUCAGGAGAAACAGAAGACGGACCGCCUGCUUUACAGUAUGCUACCGAAACCCGUGGCUGAUGAUCUUAGGCAAGGACGCACAACAGAGGCACAAAGCUACACUAAUGCUACUGUAUAUUUUAGCGAUAUAGUGGGAUUUACCCAGCUCUCAGGCUCGAGCACACCGCACCAGGUGGUGGAUUUCCUUAACCAACUUUACACCACUUUUGACGACAUCAUUGACAACUAUGACGUGUACAAAGUGGAAACUAUCGGAGAUGCUUAUAUGGUGGUGUCUGGUGUGCCGAAUGAGAAUGGCAUCAAUCAUGCAGGUGAAAUCGCCAGCAUGGCCUUGGAUUUGAUCAGCGUUUGCCAUGCGUUCAAAAUCCCACACAAGCCCACUACCCAGCUGAAGAUACGAGCUGGCAUACACUCAGGGCCUGUAGUGGCUGGAGUGGUUGGCACCAAAAUGCCACGUUACUGUUUAUUCGGAGACACUGUGAACACAGCAUCUCGCAUGGAGUCCACUAGUGAAGCUUUAAAGAUUCAGUGUAGUGAAUCUACAGCUGGUCUCCUGCAGACUUUAGGAGGAUACGUGCUGGUCUGCCGUGGCGCUCUGAAUGUGAAGGGCAAAGGAGAGAUGACUACAUGGUGGCUGGAAACAAAAGGGGGCCCAACAGACCUACUUCAUGAUAAAGAGCCACAGAAAGGGCCUGUCCCUGUUAGCAACUAA